GAAUCGAUAAGCGAGGGAUUUUUUUCCUCGCUUUUUACGAGCUCGCAUUAUAGCGGGCUUACGGGCUGCGGGGCAGAGAUCCGGUUGCCUGCCAAGCGCCAUGUAUGCGCCCGAACCAGCGCGCAGAACCAGCCCGGCGGUACCCGCGAAGUAACCAUGGAAGCUUCUGGGAGCAAGGCAAACAUUCUGCUUUCCAUCAUCGCCACGGAGACACGUGAUAAUCAGAGAAAAUAAUCACAUCACGAGCGCGGCAAGCACGGACACGGGAGCGACCUAUGGGAGGAAAGCGGGCCUGUCUUGUGCUGAAAAUGCACUAGGGAAGAGGGUUUGGGGAUACUGAUCUCCAUAAUAACACCAGCCCUGCUCCAGCUGCCAUGUCCUCCAUCUCUGCAUCAACAUCAGCUGCUUGUAGUGGUGAUGCCAUUGUCAGCCAGGUCUCUGAGCAGGCCCUGCUGGCCUCAGAUCGCUACGCCAGACUCAUCCUGGCCCAGAUGAAUAAGAUGCGGCUCCGCACUGACUUUUGUGACGUUGGGUUGAAGGUUGGUGGCCAGGUCUUUAGGGUACAUCGCUUGGUUCUUGCUGCGAGCAGCCCAUAUUUUUCCGCCCUGUUCUCUGGGGGAAUGAAGGAGGCACAGAAAGAGGAGGUGCAGAUUCUUGGAGUGGAGACAGAAGUUUUUGAAAUUUUGCUGGAAUUCAUUUACACAGGAGUGAUCAGUGUGACUGUGGAUAAUGUUCAGGAGUUGAUGGUGGCAGCAGACAUGCUGCAGCUGAACGAGGUGGUAUCUAUCUGUGGAGAGUUCCUCAAAGGUCACAUGGACCCAUCCAACUGUGUGGGCAUAUUUCAGUUUUUGGAGCAGAUUGCCUGCAUGGAGAUGCUAGAGUUCACUGAGAACUACAUACAUGUUCACUUCCUGGAGGUGUGUGCCACUGACGAGUUCAAGGAUCUUUCAAAGGAUCAAUUAGGAAGGGUGCUUCGGAGCGAGGAGUUGAGAAUUGAGGAUGAGUACCAAGUAUUCACUGCAGCCAUGGACUGGGUUCUGCAGGAUGUUGUGAAGAGGAAAAAACAUGUUGUGGAGGUGUUGGAACAAGUCCGCUUCCCUCUGCUGUCCCCACAAAGACUAUUCAAGUAUAUAGAAGGUAUUACAGACUUCAGUUUGCGGGUGGCACUGCAGACCCUUCUGAAAGAAUACACUGAAGUCACAAAGUCUCCUAAAGAAAAUAAGAUUUACAGCCAAAUGCAACCGGCCAAGAUGAGACCCAGAAGAAAAGCCAGGAAGUACCUUUAUGCCAUAGGAGGCUACACUCGGCUUCAAGGAGGCCGCUGGAGUGACAGCCGGGCAUUAAGCUGUGUGGAGCGCUUUGACACCUUUAACCAGUACUGGACUACUGUGUCAUCCCUGCAUCAGGCUCGCAGUGGGUUAGGUGUUGCUGUCUUGGAGGGCAUGAUUUAUGUGGUGGGAGGGGAAAAAGAUUCGAUGAUAUUUGACUGCACAGAGCGAUAUGAUCCAGUGACGAAACAGUGGGCAGCUGCGGCAUCUCUGAAUUUUCCUCGCUGUGGAGUGGGCGUCUGCCCCUGCCAUGGAGCACUCUAUGCACUUGGUGGUUGGGUUGGCUCUGAGAUUGGGAAGACAAUGGAACGUUAUGACCCAGAGGAAAACAAGUGGGAGGUCAUCGGCAGCAUGGCAGUUCCACGCUAUUACUUUGGCUGCUGUGAGCUACAAGGGUUCAUUUAUGUGAUCGGGGGGAUCAGUGAUGAAGGAAUGGAGCUGCGUUCAGCCGAGGUGUAUGACCCUAUCUCCCGCCGCUGGAGCGCCUUGCCUGUCAUGGUCACACGCAGAGCCUACGUGGGUGUGGCCUGCCUCAAUAACUGCAUCUAUGCAGUGGGUGGCUGGAACGAGGCACUGGGAGCACUGGAAACAGUAGAGAAGUACUGUCCUGAAGAGGAGAAAUGGGUGGAAGUGGCUCCGUUGUCCACAGCCCGUGCAGGGGUGUCAGUGUCUGCGGUUAACGGGCUGCUGUAUGCUGUCGGUGGCAGGGCUGCCAGCAGAGAUUUCUCUGCGCCAGUGACAGUGGACUCUGUGGAAAUAUAUGACCCUCACCUUGAUACCUGGACUGAAGUGGGCAACAUGAUCACCAGCCGCUGCGACGGAGGGCUGGCUGUGCUCUGAUGCAGGAAAUUUCACAUUCAAUCUGUGGACCAUCAGCGCUUGAAUCAUCUGAAACUAAGGAAAACUGCACCUUAUAAAACACAAACGUGUUUUUGUCUCAAGUGGGUCACAUCUUCAUAUGCUAUUUAUACAUGGAUUAGAGAUGCUUGUUUUGUGUACAUUGCCCAGUCAUUGUAUAAUUUAACAUGACAGUAGAUUCAACUUGGAAACCGCUUAAACUCCCUUCACUACUGCUCUUACACAUCUAAAAUGUUCAAUUUACUAAAUGUUUCUAUAAGACUACCAGUGUGAGAAUAUCUUUUAUAUUUAAAGAUACUCGUGAUUGAUUAUUAUUUUUAUGGACCAGAGAUUUGUAGGAUCUUGUUGGACCCCCACUACCGUCCUCAGAUAAGACUUAUUUUAGUUUCCUUUCGGUUAUUUCUCAGAAUGUUUGAGGUGCGUGUACAUUUGAAUCUACUUACAAACUUGUCUGGAGCCAAAUGAAACUUGAACUUGCUUCUUGAUGAUUGAUUUCUUUGUAACUGUAAAGAACUUGAACACGACACCACCGUGUGGUGACCAAUUUUCACUGGAUCACUUUUAAACGCAUCUUACUGUAAGAUCUUGUGCCAACGUAAGCAAAUGUACUGUCAAUAGUCUUUAGUUGCACCUGAAAUACUUAGAAUUUACACUUCAGUGUUGUAAUGUUGAGCAGGACGUGAGAAUACUCAACAAUGCACGCUUAGAAAUGGUUCUGGUGGAUUCCUCUUUGGCUUUUGCAGCUCCUCUGCAGCUACAAUAUGUGUAGUUUGUAUGAAGUUAUUGCACACUCAUAAUAUUGCCUAUUAUUACUGUUACACUUUGAAAUAACACAGUAUCAAUAUUGUUUGGUCUUACUGCUAUUUUUAUACAUAUUAAAAAAUAGUGUGUGUAUUGGCUUAAAAGGUGGUGCAAGAUUGGUGCAAUGUGCAAACCAACAAAGCAGCAGCUCUGAAAUUUGACAUCUUGCUGGAUUUGGGGCUACUCAACACUGUUGGUUGUCUUUCUGUUCCCUAGUGUUCUGUAUUUAUCUUUACAGGUCUGCCACAGCAACAUCGCUUUACCCAUUAAAAUGGAAGUGCACAUUUUUA